AUGGCAUUGAUCCGAGUCGCUGUAAUCCACGAUGCGGUUUCAUGGAGAAACAGUCGUACAUGCAUCGUCACCUCUCCUUCAAUAACACUGCUCAAAGAUGUUGAUGUUGAUGGACUGAUUGACGCUCUCCUGAUCUACAACCUCGGGCAAUAUUCUCACCACGGAUAUGAAGCGGAAGUUGCAAAACGGCAAUCUGCAAUCCCUGACUACCCGGGGUCACGGAACAAGUACCCAGGCCUUUGGAGUCCGUUCAGAACAUGGGAUAGAGAAGGAUGGAGACGCUAUAUGAUCCGCGCAUAUGACCACCGUCGCGCACAUGGAUUUCUCGACCGUUAUUACGAGCUCACAAAUACCGUCAGAAGGAUCCCAGAAAUCGCCACUAACCAGAAAUUCGUCAAUAGCAGGAACAGGUUCCACGCCAGUCUCGUCAGAAGAGAAUCCAAGUUACGGAUACAGCACACCAUGUGCAAAGUCACCUUCGAGACGAUGUCUAGGACACCAUUUACAGGUAAAUUCAGCUCCAGAAAUUCGCAGGCAGGCAAAGCCCACUGUUCCCCGCCGAGCGUAGAGCAAAGGCUUUGGUACUACCUCGAUUGCUACGGCACAGUAGUGACGCAACUGCCACUCAUGAAGGCUAUGUUCCAGGAGAAAAAAUCGUACCCUGAUUUACGACUACGUCCGAACGUGGAUUAUAUCACUAUCUUGGAGAAUAGUGGAGGAUAUCAAAAUAUCGACCUUGGGCUAGAGGGGAAGCACCGGGGCUUCGGAACCGUUUCCCGCAUCGGAGCAAGCCAGUGA